UGCAGAACUACAUUUCCCAGAAGCCACCGCGAUGUGAAAAUAAUGGGAAAGCCUUCUCGCGCUGAAGCUUCAGAUGGAGCACAGCACACGAGGUUUAACAAUGACACGAAACCCAGCUGCAGGAUAGCUUGCUGUCGGGACAUGUAAUGGUGUGGAAUGGAGCAAAGGUCAACAGUUUCUCUUACAUGCAAACAACAGCAUGUAGCAUUUUAACCAAAUUGUCAUCACCCUGUUAAAUGGUUCAUUUAUACCAUUUCAGUGUCCCCAUGCACAGAGAGACAGCUUGAUUGAAACUGUUUGGUUGUCAACAUUUGUUUCCUCGUCUCAAAUCGGAAGCUUUUCAACGUCAAAACAAAUCCUCACAUGGUGAUUUGACACAGAAGAAAAAGUUUGACUCUGCCUCACAGAGUCGUCCAGCUGACACACAAUGGUUGCAGAUGACACAGCAGGAAGUGGGGACAGAUCAGAAGAGGAGAAAGAGAUGGACGUGAAGGCGCUUACAUCUGAAGACAGCGCAGGACAUGAAGAUGGAGACGUAGAGAUGGCUAUCUCUGCCUCUGAGGGCCUGUCUCCCUCCGAAGGUCCCCCAGAGGAAACCAAGGAUCCCAGAAAGUGGAAGUGGGCUGUAAUAUUCUUGUGUUUCUAUGGGUUCAUGUCGUCGGUAAAGCCUGGGGAGCCCUUCAUUACACCGUAUCUACUCAGCGAUGAGAAGAACUUCACCAGGAAAGAGGUGACCAAUGAGAUCACUCCUGUGCUGACGUACUCCUACAUGGCCGUGCUGGUACCAGCCUUCCUGCUGACAGAUCUUCUGCGCUACAAGCCGGUUCUGGUCAUCCAGGGCAUCAGCCAGGUGGUCAUCUGGCUCAUUCUGCUCCUGGGCACCACCCUCCUUGAGAUGCAGUUCAUGGAGUUCUUCUACGGCAUCACCAUGGCCUGCCGCGUGGCCUACUCCUCCUACAUCUUCUCCCUGGUCAGUCCAAGUCUCUACCAGCGUGUGGCCGGAUACUCACGCUCCUCAGUCCUCUUGGGGGUGUUCACCAGCUCAGUGCUGGGCCAGGUGUGCGUUUCCUUGAUCAAAAUAAGUUUCCGCACCCUCUGCGCUGUAUCUUUGGGUUUCGUCAGCUUUGGUCUGACUCUCUCGCUGUGCCUGCCGUGGCCUAAACGCUCCCUGUUUUUCAACCGGACGCUGAAUAAAGAGCAAAAGGAAGUGGCAGGAGUAGCCACCAAAUCAGAGCUGGACAAAAUGAACCCAAAAGAGAGCAGCCCGUCCUCAGCAGCAUCACUGUGCUCUGCAUCACGCUGGAAGGAUUCUAUCUUUGUACAGAUGCUGCUGGAGGUGGGGAAUGUGGUGAGGAGGCCCAACCUGAGGCUAUGGUCCCUGUGGUGGAUUUUCAACUCCACAGGGUACUACCUGGUACUGUUCUACGUUCACAUCCUGUGGAACAAAGUCUACCCACCAACGGAGAGCAAGGACCAUUACAAUGGAGCCGUGGAGGCAGCUUCUACCUUGCUGAGUGCGCUGACUGCUUUCAGCGCUGGUUAUGCGAAAAUCCGUUGGAACAUCUGGUCUGAGCUGGUCAUUGGUGUCAUCACAGCACUGCAGGCAGGCCUGCUGCUCCUCAUGGGCACCACAGACAACAUUUGGGUUUGCUACGUGGCCUACGUCCUCUUCAGAGGCUUCUACCAGUUUCUGGUGCCUAUUGCCACUUUCCAGAUAGCCUCAUCACUCACCAAGGAGCUGUGUGCUUUAGUGUUUGGUAUCAACACCUUUUUGGGGACCAUACUGAAGAGCAUCAUCAACCUGAUAUUUUCCGACAAGAGAGGCCUGGCGCUGGAUGUGCACUCUCAGUUCCUGGUGUACUUCGUUUACUUCACCAUUCUCACUGUCGUCUACUUUGUCUGUGCGGCUGUGGUCCUCAUCCGUCACUUUAGAAACCAGCAGAGUGGAGGAGGCGGGGCUGAUGAGCAGGCGGCGCCCACAGAGCUCAGCCCCGUGGCUGCAGAUUCAGAGGCACAGCCUUUGUCAAAUGGCAAAAGUGCCAAAGCAUAAUGACAGGAAAUGUUUAUCGCCUUCAAGUGUUUUCUGCCAGUAUCUUGUUAAGAUCCCAGUUUUGCUAAUAAGAACCUUCAGACUCAGCGGGAUCAGAAAUUUUAACCCUCUGAUGUCGACGGAGUGGUUUCAGUGUUAGCUGCUGAGCCUCAAUCAAGUGCUUCCUCUGCUACCUAAAGCUGCUGCACUACAAGAGUCAGACGGGCGUCUUGUGCCCGACGGCUUUUGAUGAUUAGAUUGUUUGCUGCAACUGAGAAGAGAAGUCUACGUUUUUUAUUUAAUACAAAGCACUAAGUGGUACUGUGCUUUCAUAUGGAGACAAAUCAUCUUAAAGGGUUAGUAGAAUUUUUUUGAAUUGUGGUUAUAUGACGUACUUAUCCAUAAACAGUGUAUUACCUACAUUAGAUGGUUGUUGGCAUGCCCCCAGUUUGGAGAAGCAGACUUUUUAAAGCCACCAGACUCCACUGACAAAAGCAGUAAUGUUUGUGUGUUUGUUCGUCUGAUGGAUUUCAGCUUGCUUCUUCUGUGAUUAGUGAGAUGAGCCUCCUGCAUCCAAAAUGCUAUCAAAACUUUUAUUUCUAAUUGCCAAUGCAGGACCCAUAAUUCCCAUAAGAGGUGUGGAGAAAACCAAAAAACCUCGACAAAAACUUGACAUUUUACGGACACAGCAGUCACAUGGGAUUAAGACAGAUGACCUCCCCAAUUAUUACAAAUUACCAGAGGUCCCAGUUAUUACAAGUCUUGUGUGAAUGGGGCUUGAAUACCAUUUUAAUCGACUGCUACUGUCCACAGCACUAUAUUGCUUCUCGUCUCUUCUCUUACAAUACUCCUGUCUGCUUCUUCAAACUCAAGCGGGAUUUAUACUUUUGCAGCAGACCUUGCCUACGCCGAUGUGAGCAUUUAUACUUGUGCGGUGGUGUGUCUGUGUCACUCUGCAGUUACUGUGAAGUACUCUAAAGUUUAGUUGAUUCAAAACACAACCAAAACACACAUCAAACAUGGCUUAAUAGCAACAAUGUCAAACACAAGUACACAAAUCAGCUUCACUAUAACUCGCAGUAUUCACAGACAAAGCACUUGUCUUUAUCUGGACACAUUUUCCCCACAAAUACAACAUGCUAACGUUAUUAGCACAAGCCUAUGGCAUUUUACAUUGUAUGAAUUAGCCUAGCAGCUAGCGAACUUUUGCCAGGUACAACAUUUAACAAAGGUAAGGUUACAAAAUUACACUCCAUUACAAAACUCUUUAAGUUCUCCGACAAAACAACUGUCUUAUACUAAACUUGUUUUCCAAAGAAAUAUAACAUGCUAACGUUAUUAGCAUUAGCCUAUGGCAUUUUACAUUGCAUAAAUUAGCCUAGCGACGAGCUGAGAUUUCCUCUGCCCAUAUGAAGCCAGGAUAAGUCCCGAAGUAUAAAUUUCCCAAAAGAUAAAUCGCACACAAUACUUAAAUUCCUAUUUUGUGGGGGCUCUAUUGUCUUCACAAUUUACUGUUUCUCAUCUGUGAAAGGCUACAGCAUAGGGUACGGCAUAGAGUCUAUGUCAACGCGGAGCCUAUGCCGUAGGUACGGUGUCGAUUCAAUGCAGAAGUGUAAAACAUCUACUGUAGGUAAUACACUGACUGUGAAGUCCCCCAUACAGCCCCACUUCAAGAAUCUGACCUAUCCCUUUAAACACAGAGAAAGGGACCAUACAUGCGAUGGCCAGAGGGUUUUUCGUUUGUAUUUUGUACAGGAAACGAACAAGGAGGAUUUUGAGUUGUAACAUGCUGAACUGUCCUGUUUCAGUGACAGUGAUUUACCCUUCAAAUAAAGGUCCAUGAUUACUAUGUGAUCACUGAGUAUUAGUUUAAAACAGACUGCGUUUUCAGGGUUGACAGACAUCACUUUUAUUUAGUUCAUUCACACUCCUAUUGUGAUGUUACAGUUUGAAUAUGUUUGAAAAGAAAACUUGAUCGGAUCAGUAUAAUUACCUCUCUGUAUUGCUAAUCAAAUUUUCAUAUCACAUUGUUAUAAUGAUAUAAGGAAGGCUAUCAGAUGAUAUACAUUUAUUUGAAAAUGUAAACUGCAGAUUUUAUGCAGUGUUAUGUAAUGUCAUUAAAUAUUUAGCAGUUCUUGGAAUUGCUGUAACACUCUUUAUGAUUUAGAAGCCGCAGCAUCAGAAUAUUUUGAAUUAUCUUUAUUUUAAACAUUGAAACAGGCUGCAGUAUGUGUUGCUUUGGAUACAAUGUGAAAGUAAUUUACACAGACAUAGGUUUAUUUGACUAUUAGUCUAAAUGCACAUCACUGAAUUUGGAUAUUAAACAUGAAAUUUAUUUUUAGUGUUAAUUUUCAGCAGUAUGCUGGGUGACGAUAUAUUUUGGCCAAGUACGGCUGUUUUUAGGUUCAUCAAAAACAGCAGGAAGCACUUGUCUUGGACAUAGGAAGGCAGUGAUGCAACAGGAACUACAAAGCCAAUAUAAGCAGGUUUUAAAUUAACAUCCAUUUGCUCACUUAAAAAGCAGGUGUGGACCUUUAGAUUUUAAUCCCAGAGAAUGUUUCAUACAAUAGGCACAACAGUAGCGACUGCGUUUGGAGAUGUACCCACAUUCAGGAUGUAUAGAUAUUUUUUAAUUUUGUGAUUUUUAAAUAAUUGCUGAGAUACUUAAAUGCAACUGUGAAUCUGUCUGAAUGCUGUAAAAAGAAAAACACUGACUUUAAUCAGAUGUUUAUUUUUUAUUCUAUUAAAUUACAUUUGGUGGAUGAAAA